GUAACCCGAGUAAGAUCUUGACAAUCAAAGCAGUCGAAACCGAAAAGGACAAGAUCAAGGGGACUUAUGUUUCGUGCAAAACAGAAUGUUCAGAACUUUUCCUCUGAAGAGGAUUGAUAUAGGUUUGAAGAAAAAAGUUUUCCCACAACAUUUUGAAGAAGUUCAUACGAAAGGACAAAUUGAAAACGUUAGAAGAUUUUUCUUAAAAUUUAAACAGAGGCAUGGGUAUUUAAGUAACUCGGACGUCGCACUGUUGACUCGAAAACAAGUCUCAUCGAUAUUGAAAAUAAAUGAAGUAUCAGUGGAUGCAGAUGGUCCUAUUAAAAACUUUGAAGUGAAUAAAUUACCAGCAAAUAAACCAAUUGAAGAUCGUGACACAGUAGCAAAGUUGACUCAUGGAGAUAAAAACAAGUACAUUUUCGGUGUUUAUGAUGGACAUGGUGGUAGUUCAUGUUCUCAAGCUCUCAGUGAACGGUUAUUUAACUAUAUUUCAGUCUCAAUGUCAACGCAAGAUGUUUUGAAAGACAUUGCAUGUGAUAACGAGGGACAUGACAAACUUGUAGACUGGUACCCUUACCAGUCACAGUACUUCAAUCAUGAACUUGAUCAAAUAUACAAGGAUAAUUUGGCUAAAUUUGCCAAAGAAACAUUGGCAAACUUUGAAGAAUGCUCAGUAGAAGAGCAUUUGCGGCACGCUUUUCUCCGUCUUGAUCAUGACAUCAUGUCAGAAUGCUUGCCAGUAGGUCAUGACUUGAGCAUAAAUGACCAAGCUUUAGAGAAUGGUUUGUCCGGAUCUUGUGCGUGCAUUGCUUUGGUUGAUGAUAUAGAUUUGUAUGUUGCUAACACGGGUGACUGUAAAGCAGUUUUAGGAGUUGAAGUUGAUAAAGACCAUUGCAAUACAGUAGAAAUGUCACAUGCACACACAAGUUACAACUCCAAAGAAGUAAGAAGAGUUUUAAAAAGUCAUCCCAAUGAAUCCUCCCAUGUGAUCAAAGGGGGUCGUCUCUUUGGCAGUUUAGCACCAUUAAGGGCAUUUGGAGACAUGAUGUAUAAGUGGUCUGUUAAGGAACGUAAUCAACUUCUAAAACUUUUCAAGCAGCACCCUAAUUUUAAUGUAUACAGUGAAGUUUUGAUGCAUGAACAUUACAUAACACCACCUUAUCUGACAGCAGAACCAGAAAUAAUUCACCGUAAAUUAACUCCCAAAGACAAAUUUUUAGUUAUUGCAUCAGAUGGUCUUUUUGACAUGAUUCCACCUGAAAAAGUUGUCAAACUGGUUGCAGGACACAUGGAAGGAAAACAAGUACUGGUGGCCCCUAAUUUUGAUAUUAAGGGCCUCAAGAUGAAUGAAAUUAAUGAACGUCUCAAACAAAGAAAAACUCAUCUGUCUAAUGUGCCUACUGAUGACAAUGUUGCCACACACUUGAUGAGAAAUGCUCUUGGUCCAGAACAUGGAAGACUGUCCACUAUGUUGUCAUUGCAUGAUGAUGUUGCCAGAAGCUAUCGUGAUGAUAUUACUAUAAUUGUAGUUUUCUUUGACACAGGUUAUGUGAAAAAUUUCUAUGUAGAAGCUGAACGUGAUAUAGAUAGUUUAGAAUGAGGUGUAAAUAACAUUAAUAUUAAAUAAGUUUAAAAGAUUAGCAGUACUGUAGAUUUGUGUCUCUAGCUUCAAAUUGUUUAAGAACAAAAUAAGUUGAGAAUACUUUUGAUACAUAAAAUCUUUGCUACAUAUUAAAUCAUUUAGUGUACAUGUAUGAAUGUAAAAAAAAAUAGUUGCCCUAUACAUGUACGUAUAUAUAAACAUGAUAAAUAGGGUUAAAAAAGGCAGAAGAAUGCACCAAAUAUUUAAAAACUCUUUAAUAUAUAUUUCUAUACAUUUCUACAUUUUUAGCUAUAACAUGUAUACUGCAAUGUACUGUACAUUGACAUGUCAAACUUAUGGAAUUGAGAGAGGUUUUUAAAAUAUUUUUUCGAUUGGAAUGUUUGAUGUGACAGUGUAAGACCUUCUCCUUGUUAAUAAUUAUGUUAAUUGCCCAUCUGCUUAAUUUUGAGAAUUUUUUUCGAAUAAAAUGCUUUUCAUUUGUACAUGUUCAUGUAUAUAUCACAGGAUUGUUUUGAAGGUUGUUCAUGUUGUUAAAAAAGGGGCAUAUUAUAUGAUUUUAAUGAUUUUGGACCAUCAGGGUCAACAUAAUCAUGAUACUGCAUAAUCAUGGUAAUCAUUAAUACAAUUUAAACUUUACAAUAAUUGUAAUAAAUUUUUGAAAGCCACUAGGCAUUGUCAAGUAUACAACUCCUUAUAAUAUAUGUCUUUAUAUAGUCCAGAGAUAUUUUGUUAUGAAAUGAAAAUAUGAAUUGAAGUUUUGGUAAAGAAACCUUUUUUUCUUUUGAUUUCUUGUACAUGCAUAUUAUAUACAUAUAGCUUUUGGUAAAUGGGAACAUACAUUGAUAAUUUAAAUGAAAGAAUUUAAGUACAUGUUCCAGUUGCUCAGUGCGAUUAGGUACUGAAGAAUGAAUUAAGGUACUAAAGAAUUCCUUAAUGUAUUACAUGUAGAUGUUUCAAUUCAUUAGUUCAAAUUUUUUAUCCUCCUCCCCUAAAUCAGAAGUACAGAAAUGUGGAUUAGAGUUAUUCUUGUGCUCAGAGAAUUGAUAAGGACUAUGACCUGCUUGUCUUAUGUGCAUAAUCAUGAUAAUGUCAUGAAAAAAAAUCUCACCAGCUAAAAAAAAUUUAAAAAAUAUACUGAAAUGUUGUGAAUGUAGAAAUACAUGUAGUUUAUUAUUUUUAUACUUGAAAAGAUGCAUAAUAGUAUACUUCAACUAGUGAACUACAUAUACAUGUAUACUAUAUAUAUAAAUAUAAAUUUUUCUCUAAUUUUCAUUUUAUUUUCACUUUUCCUCAAUCAUGUCAAUGGUGUGAGAAAAAUAUUUCUUAUCUCUAGUGAAAAAUUUGUUCUUAGCAAAUGAUUGGUCAAAAUUUUAUUGUGACUUUAAAUUUUCUUUGUUUCUUCUGAAUUUUCCUAUUGUGAUGUCAUGAAAAAAGGCGACCAUGACUGAUGACGUCACAUAAAAAGUAAACAACUUUCUUCAAAUCUUUGAAAAAGAAGGGGAAAAAAAUCAUUAGAGAAACAGAUUCCACCACUAUAACUCGCAUAUUAUGAUAUUUCUCCACUCUCGACAGUUAAAUUUUAACUAUUUAAAAAGCUCGGCAAAGCCUCAGGCUUUAAAUAUUAAAAUUUAACUGUCUCAGGUGGAGAAAUAUCGUAACACACUUGUUGCAGUUGUGGAAUCUAUAUGUACCAUACUACAAUAGACAUCAAAUUUUUCAAAAGAAAGAGGGCAUGGUGUCCGAAAAAAGGGCAUGGUGUCACACCAUGCUUAAUUGCCUUAGAUAAAACACUAGACAUGUCAUGCAUGUACACAUGUAAUGUAUUUGUUAGUCCUUAGUUUUCUACUUAGUACUGUCAUAUUUGUUGUUUACAAAAUGUAUAUACUACAUGUAGGGAAAUGCUUACAUUUUAUCUUUUAUUUUAAUUUUUGCAUUAGGAUAAACUGAACUUUAUAUAGUUAUAGUUAUAAACUGCACAUAUAUUUCAGCCAGAAGAUGGGUGAGAACUAAGAUAAUUAUUUUUACAUAUCCACAUUGAAGAUAGAGGAACAUUAAUGCAAUCUCUCACUAAGACGAGACUGAUAUUAUCUGGUCUUUUAUUCCUGCCCGAUUUCAUUUUUUGUACUAAAUAUACAAUUUUUCUGUACCAAACAUUUUUAAAAUUGCAAAAAAAAAAAAAAAAAAAUGUUAUAUCUAACAUGUUCAAUUUUGCUGUCUCUUGAUCUUAGCACCUUAGACCAAACAAAUAUAAAUACACAUGUUUUGUUCCUAAACUGUAUUGGGCAUUGUUCUAGACUUUAAUGGUGCUAAACUAAAAAACGUCUCUACUCAGCCUUGUUUAAAUUGUAAUCAAAUUGUCCAUCAAAUAUUUAAAGUAGGUAUGCAAAUUUAGAGUAAAAAGGGAAACAGGAAACACACUUUUUUGGGGCCUGACCAAUAAGUUUGAUAACGGCUAAAAUAGAAAAUACAUAAAUUUACCUUCAAAGAUUAUUUCAGAGUUAGAAUUAACUGGCCAUAAGAUGGAAGAGCAUUUAACAAUGACUGACACAUUUAAUUUACUUAAAAAACUCCAAUAAAAACUGUUCAGCCUUUUAUUUCUGUAAUUUGAAUUAUAAGGUAUGAUAAAAUGUUUGAAAGCUUUUAUCUUUUUUCUGUUGGUUCUUUGAAAUAAUUUGUUUCUAAGAUGAUAAAGCAUAAGUUAAAUAGUUCAUGCAUUGAUCAUGAAAGGUCCAUGGUAUUCUGAGAAAAUGCCAAACUAAAAAAGUGUUUAAAUAUAGAAAAAUAUCACUGUGAUAUCCUAAGAUGUCUAAUUUUUGAAAAGUUCAAUUUUAAUCAAAGGGAGAUAAUUUCACUUGUUUUUUUGCACUUUCUGGUAAUUUUUCAUGUGAAAAGGUUUAAUGCAGUCAAUCUUUAAAAAUUAUUGUGAAUAAUGCAAUUAUUGGUAAUAGAAAGUUAAUAUUUAGAUAAUAAUUAAUGUCCAUGUAUUUAAAAUGGCUAUUAUAGGCAAUAUGGUGAAAAAAUGUGCUGAAAUGUGAAUGAUGAAUUAAGAAGUGCUUUUAUCUGCCUAUGCCUUUGUAUAUUAUAUCCUAUGACAUUCACCAUUUGUUUAUUUUACAUGUUUUUGUUUAAAUUUUUAUUGUGUUUGUAAUUAAAAUAGUUGGUUUUUUUUAUCAAAUUUUACAGUGCUAGGAGAAAGGAUUGAAUUUAUGAAAUGUCAAAUCAUUUUAGUUAGCAGUGCACAAUGUAAUAUAAAAUACUCAUAAAUAUUAUUGUUAUGAAAUAAAUCAAUUUUGGUUCCAUUUUGUAUAAGCAAGUUUAGAUUCUACAUGUAUUGAUUUAUAGGACAUUGUAAUCUCUAUAAUUAUAACUAUACAUUUAUUUAAUUUGACCAUAAAUUGUUUUGUCUUCCAAUUUUGUUUUUCAGUGUUGAAGUCAAAUUUUCUUUUAUUUGAUUUGACUUUGAGUUACAUUUGCAAUAAAUGAAAUAUAAGAGCUAGUCUGAUGAAGCUAGCACAUUUUGAAGACAUAUUUACAUUCAUUAUUUUUUUGGUAAAAGUCUGUGAUGGUGGGGGUGGAAUUCAUCAAAAUAAUUAUCAAAUAAAAGUACAGAAAGUUUGAAAAAGUUUCUGUCCAUUUUGGUUAAAGAUAAAACAAUGUGGACCAAAAAGAUUUUUUUUGUCAAAUAUGCAAAUAUGAGAUGACAGUCAAAUAUGAGAUGAAAGCUAAAAACGAUUAUUCCUGGUAUGUUAUUUAUGUUUACAAGAUCUUUGUUGUGUUUUGUUUGAUGAAGUUAAUAUAAAAGUGAAAAUAA